AUCUAAGAUGGAUGAAAUGGAAAUGGCCGCAUGUUUUGACAAAGAAUUGACGAAAUCGUACGUCGAAAAAGACGAUUUCAUCCUUCCAACUGACAUACUGGAAUUUCUUCCAAACACCGACAAGGACGCUGUUGUUCAUUACGACGAUCAUGAGUAUAAUAUGAAAUACAAGGUUGGCGUAUACACGCGCCUCGCUCAAGGUUGGAAAGCCUUCAUUGAUGCUGCCGGAUUAGGGAUAGGAGAUGUGUUGUGUUUUAAGGCAUGUUUAGAUGAGAACCGCAUAGUGUUUUUUGUUCAUGUAAAGGAGGAUCCGGAGAUAGUAAUGAUAGAUUAGGUUUCCAGAUUCUCUAUUUAAAGUAAUUUAUAAAAUUUCUCGACUUAUGCUAUCAUUUUCAAGGUAAUAUUUUCCAUAACAACAAAAUUCUUCAACAAGAGCAUAAAGUUCUUCCAUGACAUUUACAUUACAACAAGACCAUAAAGUUCUUACAUUACCUACUACGCGAUUACAACAUACAACAACAUAAAUUCAGUUGAUUAACGAAGCCGCCAAAAAGCCAAUAAAUAUUCCCCACGAAAUCAAAAGCAACAUCCUUGUAUUUGCAAGUUUCUCCUCCAAGUUUAGAACUUUUUUCAAGUCAAAUUGCUGUUUACUCUUCAAGCCAAUUAAUUCCUCCUUCAUUUUGUUAACUUCAUUUAGAUGUCUAGC